CCUUUUCACCUUUCUAAUGUGUUGUUUGAUAAAAGCCUCUCGAUGAUGUAUUAAACAUUUGGACUUCCAGGAAUAAAACCACAAACAACAAAGAGAAGCAGUAAGGGCGUCCUGACCUUCCAAAGAGCAGUCACAGUUUGUUGGAACAGGAAGGAAUGUAGGAAGUGUACGUGUUCAACACAAGAAGAGUCUCCAGGAAAGCACAGUUUUUAAAAGUUUUUUUUUAACUGUCAAGUCAAAAUGAAAGUGCAACGGACUUCCACAUGAGGGUGUGGUGUUUGAAGACAAAAUGCAAUGUGUCAGAGCAAUUCAGAUCACUUCACUGAGGCACAUCUCAACUGCAGUACCUGCUACUCAUCUGCUGAACAAAAGGUUAGUUUUGGGUUCUACAUGAAUAACUCAACAGAUUACUGGAUUGAUGAUGAGGAGGAUGACCUCAACCCUCUUAUAGAUUACAAUACCUAUGAGCUUCUCUGUGAAAAAAGUGAUGUGAGAAAUUUCAGAAAAUUAUUCCUCCCAGUGUUCUAUGCACUGGCUUUCACAGUUGGAGUGGCUGGAAACUCACUAGUGGUUGCAAUUUAUGCCUACUGCAAGAAACCCAAGACCAAGACAGACGUGUACAUCAUGCACCUCGCCAUCGCUGAUCUGCUCCUGCUCUUCACCCUCCCCUUCUGGGCUGCAAAUGCAGUGCAGGGAUGGGAACUUGGAAACCCCAUGUGCAAGUUCACUUCUUCUCUGUACACCAUGAAUUUCAGCUCCAGCAUGCUGUUCCUGGCCUGUAUCAGCGUGGAUAGGUACAGGGCCACUUCUGAAUCCCAGGGCCAUAGAAGAGUGGGCAAACACUGCAGUGUUACCUGCCUCUGUGUCUGGCUGGCUGCCACUUUCCUCAGUAUCCCAGAGCUGAUAUUUAAUCAAGUCAAGAAACACAACGAGAGGAACGAAUGCCUUCCCAUAUUUCCAAUGAACAUGGAAACACUCUUAAAAUCAACCAUUCAAAUCCUGGAAAUUAUCCUGGAAUUCCUGCUUCCUUUCCUAGUAAUGCUGAUCUGCUAUUCUGCUACUGCUCGGGCAAUCUUUAGGUCUGCAAAUGUUAAGAAGUCCAGGCCUUUCAAGGUGCUGCUGGCAGUAGUGGCUACUUUCAUUGUCACCCAGCUACCCUACAACAUUGUGAAGCUGUGGCGAGCCAUAGACAUCAUCUACAUGUUGGUGACAGACUGCCAGGCCAGUAAAACCAUGGAUGUGGCACUCCAGGUCACCAAGAGCAUCGCUCUGUUCCACGCCUGCCUCAACCCCCUCCUCUACGCCUUCCUGGGCGCCUCUUUCAAAAUGCACAUCAUGAAAAUUGCAAAAAAUUACGGGUACUGGAGAAGGCAGAGGCAGAAUGGAAGACCUGAAGAAAUUUCUAUGAAUUAUGAAGACCCUACUGAAGAAACAAUCAGUUUCACUAUAUAGGCCCUCCAUUGCUUCCACCAUCUUACAUAACCAAGGGAAUUGUUUAGUGAUUCCAGGAGGUAUUGCUUCUAGACCUGUUUCUCUGCAAGUCAGCUUUCAGAUGAAUUUCUGAACCUGCCAAGACAUCACAAAGCACUUUCAAAUGGAACAUGUUUAUUGGAAUCAAGCAAGAACUGAAUACUGAAACCCCUAGAAACAACCCAAGAUAUUUACUAAACAUCAACAUCAAAGAACUCAAACAAAAAAAAAAAGCAUCACAACAAAACUCAAACACCUAAAAACACCCCCAAAAUUUAAAUUUCCAAGUGUCACAGUACUAGGCAAUUAAGCAACUAUGUAAUGAACAACCUGUACACAUCUAAGUACGUGAUUAAAACAGAGAAAAAAAAAGGUCACCAAUCAAACAACAGGAAUCUUUGUACCAGAAGUUAAUAAUCUUGUGUUUCUCCAACUAUUUUAUAAAACUUUAGAACAUUUGCCUAACAGUUCAGCUCCAUUUCUCAACUAUCACUCCAUAGAUAACCUUGCAGAUUGAAAUGAAGCAUAAGCUUAUGGCUGAGAAUUGAGAGGGAGAAAGAGGGGGGAAAAGCCAUUCUCUGUGUUUCUACAAGUAUAUACCAGCAACAACAUCCUCCACAAAAACACUCCAGCAACUCCUUUUCUAUAACUACAGAAAAAUGAUCUUUCAUCUCUUCUUUUCUGCUUACCCUAAGCUUCAACCAGUGCUCGAAGGGUGGCUGGCAUACUCUAGAUUUUUAUAAAUGUAAUAAAAAUUUCAGGUAAUCAUCAAAUACAAGGCCUGGAUUUUUUAUUUAGAAUUGCUAAAAUUAAUCAAGGACUGCAAUAACUGCAUCUGCUAAAAUAUAUGAAGAUAUAAUAAAAUCAAAGAAUAGAAAAA